AUGUCGAUGUUGCUCGGGUGCUCCGGCAAGCUCAGAUCAGAGUUCGGCAUCACAUCGUAUGACGUCCAUGGAACGACUAUCGAGGAUAUAUUCCUCGAUCUUGUCGCGCAGAACGAAUUGGAAGGAUUCGAAGAACACGCUGAGCAAGGCAUUCCUCCGGCUCCAGCGUCCUUUGGAAACUUAAACCUCUCUGACGGCCGACGAAGGACCCCAUGGGGCCAAGCAACGACUAUCUUCCACAAACGCGCUUUGAUCGUGCGCAGAAGCUGGCUGGCACCCCUCCUCGCUCUCGCAGUCGCGAUAUCAGGCGCCUGGUGGCCAGUCCGCUUCGUCAAUGGCGGCGUCAUGUCCUGCGGCCAUCAGCCGUUCUUCGACUCCGCUCCAUCGUUUUGGCCACCACGUCUUUCCGAAAACACGCUCUUCGCAGCACCAUCGAGCCUCGUGACGAUGCUCAACGCCAGCGUGCCCGAGGUUUUCCGCGACUGGCGGAACGCCUCCGUCGAUCCCUUCAAGGCUGUUGCAGACAAAGACGCAUUCAUUAGUGCGAUAAGCAGUCACUAUAAGAACUUCUCCACCUCAGGUGGCAUUUACCUUGAUCUUUCGGCAAAUGAGGCGAUUGUUGCGCACCGAAUGAGCACAUAUAACCUCAGGCUGUUCAAUAUCCUGUCGAAUGCGAUUUACGAGCACGCACUCAAUGCGACCAGCAGUAGGUCGGGUUCUCGGCGGAUUGUCACUUCGUUCACGACACUGCCGGAAAUGUCCACUGAGUCUUUGUACACGCUCCAGUGGUUGGCCAUUUUCGGAGCAGCUAUGGCCGUAUUCCCAGCGUUCUUUGCCAUAUACAUCGCGAAAGAGCGCCACUCGUCCGUCCAGGCCAUGCAGGUCGCAAAUGGACUUGCAAACCCUCUUGGACUAUGGCUUGGUCAUUUGAUGUUCGAUUCCCUAUUCACCGUCUUUGCAGCAACCUGGAUUACUAUUGUUUACGGGGUAAUAAGAGAUAAGUUCCAAGGCAUCGGUCUGUUGUGGCUUGUGAUGUGCCUAAAUGGCUUCGUUGGGACGCUUCUGGCCUACAUUGUUGCCAUCCUUGUUAAAUCCCCUCUGGGUGCCUUCGGCGUGAUGGUGGUUUCGCAGUUCAUCAUCUUCCUAGUAAGAAAAAGUCUUGAGGUUUUGCAUCGUCUAACAGGCUCGCAGCUAUACUUGACAGGUUAUAUUGUGACUCUCUUCUCAGUAACACCACGCGAGGUACCGCGAACGAUGAACAUCCUCCACUUCACUCUGGCCCUCGUAGCUCCAAUAAACAGCCUCGUCCGCGCCGCCUUCGUAUCCGUCAACCAGUUCUUCCUCCUAUGCGACGGCGAAAAUAUUACUUCUGGCGCAGGACUCAUCAGCAUCACCCGCUACGGCGGGCCUAUCCUGCGUUCGGCUGCCCUUUACCCGGUCCUUCUCCUUGUUCCAUGCAAGCCCUUGCACGCGGACGUUAUAGUAGAGGCUGAACACGCUAACUCGCCGUCGACGGACGAUCCGCUGCGCAUGUUGGGUGUGUCGAAGUCGUAUGAUGGGAAUAAGGUAGUGGAUGAUGUGAGCUUCACAAUUCCGCAUAACUCUCUAUUCGUCCUUCUUGGUCCGAACGGAGCGGGUAAGACGACAACGUUCGACGUCAUCCACGGCCAACAACUACCCGACAUGGGGGACGUCUUGGUCAACAACACCUCCGUCGUCUUCAACACCAAGAACGCCCGCGUUUUCUUCGGCGUCUGCCCUCAAUCCACCGCUAUCGAUGCCCACCUGACCGUCCGCGAGCAUCUCAUGAUCUAUGGUCGCCUUAAGGGCUUGAACAGCGGUGGGGAGCUCCGGCGGAAUGUCGAAGAACUCAUGGCUGCGACCGAACUCGACCAGUAUGCCAAUCGACUCGCAACGAAGCCGUCUGGUGGGAAUCAAAGAAAGUUGGCGUUGGCGAUUGCCUUGAUUGGUAACCCUCCAGUCGUUCUUGUCGAUGAAUAUUCCACAGGCAUUGAUGCCAAAAUGAAGCGCGAACUUUGGGCGAUGCUCAGGCAUGUCACAAAUAACAAGGCCGUCUUCCUGACCACUCACUCCAUGGAAGAGGCGUCCUAUCUGGCCACGAAGGUUGGAAUAAUGUCGAGGAGGAUGUUGGCUGUUGGCACUCCUCAUGAACUUGAAUCCCGAACCGCCUCCUACGAAGUCCACUUCCCCUGCCACACGCGCGACGAUUUCGUCAAGGUCCAAUCCGCCAUGACACAUAUACCUGGUGCUAGGAUGGUCGACGACAUAGCAACCCGCUUUGAGGUACCGAUUGGGUCUGUUGAGGACGAGCGAAGCGGCGUCACUUCUGUUGCAAGCUUGUUCGAGCUCCUAGCGAAAGAGCAGGGCUUCCCUGAGUUCACGGUUGGCAAAUCGACGCUGGAGACGGCAUUCAUUAGGAUCAUCAACGAUGAUAUGGACAGUAAUAGCGCGUCGGAGGACAGGCCGAAGUCGAAGAAAAUAUGGGGCUUGUGUUGA